CUUUCAGGAAGAUGACAGAAUCAGGAGAAAGAUGCUGUUUUGCACUAUCUUGAUUUGUUACAGCAGCCAACUUAUUGGCAUGAUGGAGUGACAGGAAAAACAGCUGGCAUGGAAGAUGAAAGAGAAGAUGUUCAAAAGAAAACAUUCACAAAAUGGAUAAAUGCACAAUUUUCUAAGUUUGGGAAGCAGCACAUAGAGAACCUCUUCAGUGACCUGCAGGAUGGAAGACGCAUCCUAGACCUCCUCGAAGGCCUGACAGGGCAAAAACUGCCAAAAGAAAAAGGAUCCACACGGGUUCAUGCCCUGAACAAUGUCAACAAGGCUCUGCGGGUCUUGCAGAAAAAUAAUGUGGAUUUAGUGAAUAUUGGAAGCACUGACAUAGUAGAUGGGAAUCAUAAACUGACUCUUGGUUUGAUUUGGAAUAUAAUCCUCCACUGGCAGGUCAAAAAUGUAAUGAAGAAUAUCAUGGCUGGAUUGCAACAAACCAAUAGUGAAAAGAUUCUCCUGAGCUGGGUCCGACAAUCAACUCGUAAUUAUCCACAGGUUAAUGUCAUCAACUUUACCACCAGCUGGUGUGAUGGCCUGGCUCUGAAUGCCCUCAUCCACAGUCAUAGGCCAGACCUGUUUGAUUGGAAUAGUGUGGUUUGCCAGCAGUCACCCACACAACGACUGGAACAUGCCUUCAACAUUGCCAAAAGUCAACUUGGCAUAGAAAAACUACUGGAUCCGGAAGAUGUUGCCACAACUUAUCCAGAUAAGAAGUCCAUCUUAAUGUACAUCACAUCACUUUUCCAAGUUCUGCCCCAACAAAUCAGCAUUGAAGCCAUCCAGGAAGUAGAGAUGUUGCCAAGGCCAUCAAAAGUGACUAGAGAAGAACAUUUCCAAUUACAUCAUGAAAUGCACUAUUCCCAACAGAUCACAGUCAGUCUAGCACAGGGCUAUGAGCGAACUUCUUCUCCCAAGCCUCGAUUCAAGAGCUAUGCCUACACACAGGCUGCUUAUGUCAGCACCUCUGACCCCACCCGGAGCCCAUUUCCUUCUCAGCGUUUGGAAGCUGCUGGAGACAAAUCAUUUGGCAGUCCAUUGAUGGAGACUGAAGUGAAUCUGGACAGUUACCAAACAGCUCUAGAAGAAGUACUGUCAUGGCUUCUUUCUGCUGAAGACACGUUGCAGGCACAAAGAGAAAUUUCAAAUGAUGUAGAAGAAGUGAAAGAACAGUUUCAUACACAUGAGGGGUACAUGAUGGAUUUGACAUCUCAUCAGGGGCGUGUUGGUAAUGUUCUGCAACUGGGAAGUCAAUUGCUUCAAACCGGGAAAUUAUCAGAAGAUGAAGAAACUGAAGUACAAGAACAAAUGAAUCUCCUAAAUUCAAGAUGGGAGUGUCUCAGGGUAGCAAGCAUGGAAAAACAAAGCAGCUUGCAUAAAGUUCUAAUGGAUCUCCAGAACCAGAAACUGAAAGAGUUAGAUGACUGGUUGACAAAAACAGAAGAGAGAACAAGAAAAAUGGAGGAAGAGCCCCUUGGACCUGAUCUUGAAGAUCUAAAACGCCAAGUACAACAACAUAAGAUGCUUCAAGAAGAUCUUGAACAGGAACAAGUCAGAGUUAAUUCUCUCACUCAUAUGGUGGUGGUAGUUGAUGAAUCUAGUGGAGAACAUGUGACUGCUGCUUUGGAAGAACAACUUAAGGGACUGGGAGAUCGAUGGGCAAAUAUUUGUAGGUGGACAGAAGAUCGCUGGGUUCUUUUGCAAGACAUUCUUCUCAAAUGGCAGCGCUUUACUGAGGAACAGUGCCUUUUCAGUACAUGGCUUUCAGAAAAAGAAGACGCAGUGAAUAAGAUUCAUACAACUGGCUUUAAGGAUCAAAAUGAAAUGCUCUCAAGUCUUCAAAAACUAACUGUUUUAAAAGCGGACCUAGAAAAGAAAAAGCAAACAAUGGACAAACUUUCUUCACUCAACCAAGAUCUUAUUUCAACACUGAAAAAUAAGUCAGUGACCCAAAAAAUGGAAUCAUGGCUGGAAAAUUUUGCCCAGCGUUGGGAUAACUUAGUCCAGAAACUCGAGAAGAGCACAACACAGAUUUCACAGGCUGUCACCACCACUCAGCCAUCACUAACACAGACAACUGUAAUGGAAACAGUAACUAUGGUGACCACAAGGGAACAAAUCCUGGUAAAGCAUGCUCAAGAGGAGCUUCCACCACCACCUCCCCAAAAGAAGAGGCAGAUUGUCGUGGAUUCUGAAAUCAAGAAAAGGUUGGAUGUCGACAUAACUGAACUUCACAGCUGGAUUACUCGCUCAGAAGCUGUGUUACAGAGUCCUGAAUUUGCAAUAUAUCGAAAGGAAGGCAACUUCUCAGACCUGAAAGAAAAAGUCAAUGCCAUUGAGCAAGAAAAAGCCGAGAAGUUCAGAAAACUGCAAGAUGCCAGCAGAUCAGCUCAGGCCCUGGCGGAACAGAUGGUGAAUGAGGGUGUUAAUGCCGACAGCAUCAAGCAAGCCUCGGAACAGCUGAACAGCCGGUGGAUGGAGUUCUGUCAGCUGCUAAGUGACAGGCUACACUGGCUGGAGUACCAGAACAGCAUUAUCACUUUCUAUAAUCAGCUACAACAAUUGGAGCAGAUGAUAACUACUGCUGAAAACUGGUUGAAAAGCCAGCCUGCCACUGCAUCAGAGCCAGCAGCAAUUAAAAGCCAGUUGAAAAUGUGUAAGGAUGAAGUCAACCGUCUGUCAGCUCUUCAGUCUCAAAUUGAGCGAUUAAAGAGUCAAAGCAUAGCUCUGAAAGAGAAAGGACAAGGGCCAAUGUUCCUGGAUGCAGACUUCGUGGCCUUUACAAAUCAUUUUAACCAGGUGUUUGCGGAUGCCCAGGCGAAAGAGAAAGAACUACAGACAAUCUUUGACGCUUUGCCACCCACGCGUUAUCAGGAGACGAUGAGUACCAUACGGAUGUGGCUGCAGCAGUCGGAGCCCAAGCUCUCUGUCCCUCAGCUUAGCGUCACUGAGUAUGAAAUCAUGGGGCAGAGACUUGGGGAGUUGCAGGCUUUGCAAAGCUCUCUGCAAGAGCAACAAAGUGGCCUAACUUAUCUCAGUACCACUGUGAAGGAAAUGACCAAGAAAGCACCCUCUGAAAUUGGCCAGAAAUAUUUGUCAGAGUUUGAAGAGAUCGAGGCACGUUGGAAGAAGCUCUCCUCCCAGCUGGUGGAUCACUGUCAAAAGUUAGAGGAACAAAUGAGUAAACUCCGAAAAAUUGAGAAUCACAUAAAAACUCUGAAGAAAUGGAUGGCUGAAGUUGAUGUUUUCCUAAAGGAGGAAUGGCCUGCCCUUGGGGAUUCUGAAAUUCUGAAAAAGCAGCUGAAACAAUGCAGACUUUUAGUCAAUGAUAUUCAAACAAUCCAGCCCAGUCUAAAUAGUGUCAAUGAAAGUGGACAGAAGAUAAAGAAUGAGGCUGAGUCAGAGUUCGCAUCCAGACUUGAGACGGAACUCAAAGAACUUAACAGUCAAUGGGAUGACAUGUGCCAGCAGGUUUAUGCCAGAAAGGAUGCAUUAAAAGGAGGUUUGGAUAAAACUGUAAGUCUUCAGAAAGAUCUGUCAGAGAUGCAUGAGUGGAUGACACAAGCAGAGGAAGAAUAUUUGGAAAGAGAUUUUGAAUAUAAAACUCCAGAUGAAUUACAGACAGCAGUUGAAGAGAUGAAGAGAGCUAAAGAAGAGGCUCAACAGAAGGAAUCAAAAGUGAAACUCCUAACGGAGUCAGUAAAUAGUGUCAUAGCUCAAGCUCCACCUGCUGCACAAGAGGCCUUACAAAAGGAACUCGAGACUCUAACCACCAACUAUCACUGGCUGUGCACGAGGCUGAAUGGGAAAUGCAAGACUUUGGAGGAAGUCUGGGCAUGUUGGCAUGAACUAUUGUCAUAUUUGGAGAAGGCAAACAAGUGGCUAAGUGAAGUAGAAAUCAAACUUAAAACCAUGGAGACCGUUCCUGGUGGAGCCGAGGACAUUUCUGAAGUGCUCAAUUCACUUGACAAUUUGAUGCAACAUUCAGAGGACAACCCGAAUCAAAUUCGUAUAUUGGCACAGACUCUAACAGAUGGCGGAGUCAUGGAUGAACUCAUUAAUGAAGAACUUGAGACAUUUAAUUCUCGCUGGAGAGAACUACAUGAGGAGGCCGUAAGGAGGCAAAAGUUACUUGAACAGAGUAUCCAGUCUGCCCAAGAGAUUGAAAAAUCUUUGCACUUAAUUCAGGAGUCCCUUGAGUUCAUUGACAAGCAAUUGGCAGCUUAUAUUGCUGACAAGGUGGACGCAGCGCAAAUGCCUCAGGAAGCCCAGAAAAUUCAGUCUGAUUUGACAAGUCAUGAGAUUAGUCUAGAAGAAAUGAAGAAACACAACCAAGGGAAAGAAGCUGCACAAAGGGUCCUAACCCUAAUCGGUGUGGCACAGAAAAAAUUGCAAGAUGUCUCCCUGAAGUUUCGAUUAUUCCAGAAGCCAGCCAAUUUCGAGCAGCGUCUAGAGGAAAGUAAGAUGAUCUUGGAUGAAGUAAAGAUGCACUUGCCUGCACUGGAAACAAAGAGUGUUGAACAGGAAGUAGUACAGUCACAGUUAAAUCACUGUGUGAACUUGUAUAAAAGUCUGAGUGAGGUGAAGUCUGAAGUGGAAAUGGUGAUAAAGACUGGGCGUCAGAUUGUACAGAAGAAGCAGACGGAAAACCCCAAAGAGCUGGAUGAAAGAGUCACAGCUUUAAAAUUGCACUACAACGAGCUGGGAGCAAAGGUAACAGAAAGAAAGCAACAGUUGGAGAAAUGCUUAAAAUUAUCCCGUAAGAUGCGAAAGGAAAUGAAUGCUUUAACGGAGUGGCUGGCAGCUACAGAUACGGAAUUGACAAAGAGAUCAGCAGUUGAAGGAAUGCCUAGUAAUUUGGAUGCCGAAAUUGCCUGGGGAAAGGCUAUUCAGAAAGAAGUAGAAAAACAGAAGGUUCACUUGAAGAGUGUCACAGAACUAGGAGAAGCUUUGAAAGCGGUUCUGGGCAAGAAGGAGACCUUGGUGGAAGAUAAACUCAGUCUUCUGAAUAGUAACUGGGUAGCUGUCACUUCUCGAGCAGAAGAGUGGCUCAAUCUUCUGAUGGAAUACCAGAAACACAUGGAGAACUUUGACCAGAAUGUAGAUCACAUCACCAAGUGGAUCAUUCAGGCUGAUACACUUCUGGAUGAAUCUGAGAAAAAGAAACCACAACAAAGAGAAGACAUACUUAAGCGCUUAAAGGCUGAAAUGAAUGACAUACGCCCAAAGGUGGACUCCAUUCGUGAUCAAGCAGCAAACUUGAUGGCAAACCGAGGUGACCACUGCAGGAAAGUAGUAGAACCUAAAAUCUCAGAGCUCAACCAUCGAUUUGCAGCCAUUUCUCACAGAAUUAAGACUGGAAAGGCCUCAAUUCCUUUGAAGGAAUUGGAGCAGUUUAACUCAGAUAUACAAAAAUUGCUUGAACCACUGGAGGCUGAAAUUCAGCAGGGGGUGAAUCUGAAAGAGGAAGACUUCAAUAAAGAUAUGAGUGAAGACAAUGAGGGUACUGUAAAAGAAUUGUUGCAAAGAGGAGACAACUUACAACAAAGAAUCACAGAUGAGAGAAAGCGAGAGGAAAUAAAGAUAAAACAGCAGCUGUUACAGACAAAACAUAAUGCUCUCAAGGAUUUGAGGUCUCAAAGAAGAAAAAAGGCUCUAGAAAUUUCUCAUCAGUGGUAUCAGUACAAGAGGCAGGCUGAUGAUCUCCUGAAGUGCUUGGAUGACAUUGAAAAAAAAUUAGCCAGCCUACCUGAACCCAAAGAUGAAAGGAAAAUAAAGGAAAUUGAUCGUGAAUUGCAGAAGAAGAAAGAGGAGCUGAAUGCAGUGCAUAGGCAAGCUGGGGGCUUGUCUGAGGAUGGGGCCGCAAUGGCAGUGGAACCAAUUCAGAUCCAGCUCAGCAAGCGCUGGCGGGAAAUUGAGAGCAAAUUUGCUCAGUUUCGAAGACUCAACUUUGCACAAAUUCACACUGUCCGUGAAGAAACGAUGGUAGUGAUGACUGAAGACAUGCCUUUGGAAAUUUCAUAUGUGCCUUCUACUUAUCUGACUGAGAUCACUCAUGUCUCACAAGCCCUAUCAGAAGUGGAUCACCUUCUCAAUGCUCCUGACCUCUCUGCUAAAGAUUUUGAAGAUCUCUUUAAACAGGAGGAGUCUCUAAAGAAUAUAAAAGAAUGUAUGCAACAAAUCUCAGGUCGGAUUGAUGUUAUUCACAACAAGAAGACGGCAGCACUGCAAAGUGCCACAGCUGUGGAAAGGACAAAGCUCCAGGAAGCUCUGUCACAACUCGAUUCCCAGUGGGAAAAAGUUAAUAAAAUGUACAAGGAGCGACAAGGGCGAUUUGACAGAUCUGUUGAGAAGUGGCGGCGUUUUCAUUAUGAUAUGAAGAUAUUUAAUCAAUGGCUAACAGAAGCUGAACAAUUUCUCACAAAAACACAGAAUCCUGAGAAUUGGGAACACGCUAAAUAUAAAUGGUAUCUUAAGGAGCUCCAGGAUGGCAUUGGGCAGCGGCAAACUGUCGUCAGAUCAUUGAAUACAACUGGGGAAGAAAUAAUUCAGCAGUCCUCAAAAACAGAUGCCAAUAUUCUGCAGGAAAAAUUGGGAGGCUUGAAUCUGCGCUGGCAGGAGGUCUGCAAACAGCUGGCAGAAAGGAGAAAGAGGCUAGAAGAACAAAAGAAUAUCCUCUCGGAAUUUCAAAGAGAUUUAAGUGAAUUUGUUUUGUGGUUGCAAGAAGCAGAUGCCAUUGCCAGCGUUACAGUUGAACCUGAAAAUGAGCAGCAACUAAAAGAAAAGCUUGACCAAGUCACGCUACUGGCAGAAGAGUUGCCCUUGCGCCAGGGAAUUCUAAAACAAUUAAAUGAAGCAGGAGGAAAGGCACUUGUAAGUGCUCCCGGAAGCCCAGAAGAGCGAGAUAAACUUGAAAAUAAGCUCAAACAGACAAAUCUCCAGUGGAUAAAGGUUUCUAGAGUUUUGCCUGAGAAGCAAAGGGAGAUUGAGGCUCACGUGAAAGACCUUGGACAGCUGGAAGAGCAAUUAAAGCAGCUGCUUCUGUGGCUGGUGCCGAUCAGGAAUCAAUUGGAAAUUUGUAACCAAUCAAGUCAAGUAGGAACAUUUGAUAUCAAGGAAACUGAAGUAGCAGUUCAAGCUAAGCAACCGGAUGUGGAAAGAAUUUUGUCUAAAGGGCAGCAUUUGUACAAAGAAAAACCAGCCACUCAGCCGCUGAAGAGGAAGUUAGAAGACCUGAGUGCUGAGUGGAAGACUGUGAACUAUCUCCUGCAAGAGCUAAGGGGAAAGCGAUCUGACCUCACUUCUGGAGCUGCCCCUGUUGGAGCAGCUGCUGGUCAGACUGUUACUCUGGUAACACAACCUGUGGUUACCCGGGAAAUCGCCCUCUCCAAACCGGAAAUGCCAUCUUCCUUGCUGUUGGAGGUACCUGCUCUGGCUGAUUUCAACCGGGCGUGGACAGAACUUACCGACUGGCUUUCUCUGCUUGAUCGAGUUUUGAAAUCACAACGAGUGAUGGUGGGUGAUCUUGAAGACAUCAAUGAAAUGAUCAUGAAGCAAAAGACAACAUUGCAAGACUUGGAACAGAGGCGCCCCCAGUUAGAAGAACUCAUUACGGCUGCACAGAAUUUGAAAAACAAAACGAGCAAUCAAGAGGCUAGAACAAUCAUUACAGACCGAAUUGAAAGAAUUCAGAAUCAGUGGGACGAAGUACAGGAACACCUUCAAAACCGGAGGCAGCAGUUGAGUGAGAUGUUGAAGGAUUCAAUGCAAUGGUUAGAAGCCAAAGAAGAAGCCGAGCAGGUCUUAGGACAAGCCAGGGCCAAGCUUGAGUCGUGGAAGGAGGGUCCAUACACAGUGGAUGCGGUCCAAAGGAAAAUCACAGAAACCAAGCAAUUGUCCAAAGAUCUCCGCCAGUGGCAGAUAAAUGUAGAUGUGGCUAAUGACUUAGCACUGAAGCUUCUAAGAGAUUAUUCUGCAGAUGAUACCAGAAAAGUGCACAUGACCACAGAGAACAUCAAUGCCUCCUGGGGAAGCAUUCAGAAAAGAGUGAAUGAGCGAGAAGCGACUUUGGAAGAAGCUCAUAGAUUACUGCAACAGUUCCCUCUGGACCUGGAGAAGUUUCUUGCCUGGCUGACGGAAGCUGAAACAACUGCCAAUGUGCUACAGGAUGCUACCCGUAAGGAGAGGCUCCUGGAAGAUGCCAAGGGAGUCAGAGAGCUGAUGAAACAAUGGCAAGACCUCCAAGGAGAAGUUGAAGCUCACACAGACAUCUAUCACAACCUGGAUGAAAAUGGCCACAAAAUCCUGAGAUCGUUGGAAGGUUCUGAGGAAGCGGUCCUGUUACAAAGGCGUUUGGAUAACAUGAAUUUCAAGUGGAGUGAACUUCGGAAAAAGUCUCUCAACAUUAGAUCCCACUUGGAAGCCAGUUCUGAACAGUGGAAGCGUCUGCACCUUUCUCUUCAGGAACUUCUGGUGUGGCUACAGCUAAAGGAUGAUGAAUUAAGUCGGCAGGCGCCCAUUGGAGGCGAUCUUCAAGCAGUUCACAAACAGAAUGAUGUACACAGGACCUUCAAGAGGGAAUUGAAAACUAAAGAACCUGUAAUCCUGAGUACCCUGGAGACCGUGCGGAUAUUUCUGACAGAACAGCCUUUGCAAGGACUAGAGAAACUCGACCAGGAGCCCAGAGAGCUGCCUCCUGACGAGAGAGCCCAGAAUGUCACUCGGCUCCUACGAAAGCAGGCCGAGGAGGUCAACACUGAGUGGGAGAAAUUAAACCUGCACUCCGCUGACUGGCAGAGAAAAAUAGAUGAGGCCCUUGAGACACUCCAGGCACUUCAGGCGGCGACGGAUGAGCUCGACCUCAAGUUACGUCAAGCUGAGGUGAUCAAGGGAUCCUGGCAGCCUGUGGGCGAUCUCCUUAUUGACUCUCUCCAAGAUCACCUCGAGAAAGUCAAGGCUCUCCGAGGAGAAAUUGCACCUCUUAAAGAGAAUGUAAGCCACGUCAAUGACCUUGGCCGCCAGCUCACCACACUGGGUAUUCAGCUCUCACCAUAUAACCUCAACACUUUGGAAGACCUGAACACCAGAUGGAAGCUUCUGCAGGUGGCCGUGGAGGAUCGCAUCAGGCAGCUGCAUGAAGCCCACAGGGACUUCGGGCCAGCGUCCCAGCACUUCCUUUCCACCUCUGUUCAGGGUCCCUGGGAGAGAGCCAUCUCACCCAACAAAGUGCCCUACUAUAUCAACCAUGAGACCCAGACCACUUGCUGGGACCAUCCCAAAAUGACUGAACUCUACCAGUCUUUAGCUGACCUGAAUAAUGUCCGAUUCUCAGCAUACAGGACUGCCAUGAAACUCCGAAGACUCCAGAAGGCCCUUUGCUUGGAUCUCUUGAGCCUGUCGGCUGCAUGUGAUGCCUUGGACCAGCACAACCUCAAGCAAAAUGACCAGCCCAUGGAUAUCCUGCAGAUCAUCAACUGUUUGACCACUGUUUAUGACCGCCUAGAACAAGAGCACAACAAUUUGGUCAAUGUCCCUCUGUGUGUAGAUAUGUGUCUCAACUGGCUGCUGAACGUUUAUGACACGGGACGUACCGGGAGGAUCCGUGUCCUGUCUUUUAAAACUGGCAUCAUUUCUCUGUGUAAAGCACAUUUGGAAGACAAGUACAGAUACCUUUUCAAGCAAGUGGCAAGUUCAACAGGAUUUUGUGACCAGCGUAGGCUGGGCCUCCUGCUGCAUGAUUCUAUCCAAAUACCAAGACAGUUGGGUGAAGUUGCGUCCUUUGGGGGCAGUAACAUUGAACCGAGUGUCAGGAGCUGCUUCCAGUUUGCCAAUAAUAAGCCCGAGAUUGAAGCAGCACUAUUUCUGGACUGGAUGAGACUGGAGCCCCAGUCCAUGGUGUGGCUGCCUGUCCUGCAUAGAGUGGCUGCUGCGGAAACUGCCAAGCAUCAGGCCAAGUGCAACAUCUGCAAGGAGUGUCCCAUCAUUGGAUUCAGGUACAGGAGCCUAAAGCACUUUAAUUAUGACAUCUGCCAAAGCUGCUUCUUUUCUGGACGAGUUGCAAAAGGCCAUAAAAUGCACUAUCCCAUGGUGGAAUAUUGCACACCGACUACAUCAGGAGAAGAUGUUCGUGACUUUGCCAAGGUAUUAAAAAACAAAUUUCGAACCAAAAGGUAUUUUGCGAAGCAUCCCCGAAUGGGCUACCUGCCAGUGCAGACUGUCUUAGAGGGGGACAACAUGGAAACUCCCGUUACUCUGAUCAACUUCUGGCCAGUAGAUUCUGCGCCUGCUUCGUCCCCUCAACUUUCACACGAUGAUACUCAUUCACGCAUUGAACAUUAUGCUAGCAGGCUAGCAGAAAUGGAAAACAGCAAUGGAUCUUAUCUAAAUGAUAGCAUCUCUCCUAAUGAGAGCAUAGAUGAUGAACAUUUGUUAAUCCAGCAUUACUGCCAAAGUUUGAACCAGGACUCCCCCCUGAGCCAGCCUCGUAGUCCUGCCCAGAUCUUGAUUUCCUUAGAGAGUGAGGAAAGAGGGGAGCUAGAGAGAAUCCUAGCAGAUCUUGAGGAAGAAAACAGGAAUCUGCAAGCAGAAUAUGAUCGUCUGAAGCAACAGCAUGAACAUAAAGGCCUGUCCCCACUGCCGUCCCCUCCUGAAAUGAUGCCCACCUCCCCCCAGAGCCCCCGCGACGCUGAGCUCAUUGCUGAGGCCAAGCUACUGCGUCAACACAAAGGCCGCCUGGAAGCCAGGAUGCAAAUCCUGGAAGAUCACAAUAAACAGCUGGAGUCACAGUUACAUAGGCUAAGGCAGCUGCUGGAGCAACCCCAAGCAGAGGCCAAGGUGAAUGGCACAACCGUGUCCUCUCCUUCUACCUCUCUUCAGAGGUCAGACAGCAGCCAGCCUAUGCUGCUCCGCGUCGUUGGGAGUCAAACUUCAGAAUCCAUGGGUGAGGAAGAUCUUCUCAGUCCUCCCCAGGACACAAGCACAGGGUUAGAAGAGGUGAUGGAGCAACUUAACAACUCCUUCCCUAGCUCAAGAGGAAGAAAUACCCCUGGGAAGCCAAUGAGAGAGGACACAAUGUAGGAAGCCUUUUCCACAUGGCAGGAGAUUUGGGCAGAGCAAUGGAGUCCUUAGUCUCAGUCAUGACAGAUGAAGAAGGAGCAGAAUAAAUGUUUUACAACUCCCGAUUCCCGCAUGGUUUUUAUAAUAUUCAUACAACAAAGAGGAUUAGACAGUAAGAGUUUACAAGAAAUAAAAUCUAUAUUUUUGUGAAGGGUAGUGGUACUAUACUGUAGAUUUCAGUAGUUUCUAAGUCUGUUAUUGUUUUGUUAACAAUGGCAGGUUUUACACGUCUAUGCAAUUGUACAAAAAAAGUUAUAAGAAAACUACAUGUAAAAUCUUGAUAGCUAAAUAACUUGCCAUUUCUUUAUAUGGAACGCAUUUUGGGUUGUUUAAAAAAUUUAUAACAGUUAUAAAGAAAGAUUGUAAACUAAAGUGUGCUUUAUAAAAAAAAAGUUGUUUAUAAAAACCCCUAAAAACAAACGUAUGUGCACACACAGACGCGCACACACACACACACACACACAAUCUUUGAGGCAGUGUAUUGUUUUGCAUCCUUUUAGCGUGACAUCCAUAUACAAAAUUCAUAGCUUUGUUUUUUUCUUGCAUAUUGAAGAUAGGACUUUCUCUAACACCACCAACCAGCUAAUCCACAUUUUUUUUUAAGAAUUACUGACUGAGGGGCUGGCUGCAGAGUUUCAUUUGAUACAUCUGUAUGUCUAUAAGUAUAUAACUACUAUAGGUAUAUAGAUAAAAGAGGAAUUUCUCUGGGCUUUUCAAAUUUAACUGUUCCUGUUGCUUCCUAAUGGAAAGAGAUUGCUUCUAGUCACCCAGGCUUACCUGCCUGGUCUACAGUGAAUUUUCCGGAAGCCUGAAGCCAGCACAAGACUACCACAUUCUAACAUCGUCUGGGCCUCCAGAUGGCCCUCCUUUUAAACUUGCCACCUACUAGAAAACUAAACUGUUUUUAAAAAGGAACAUGCGAAUGACUACACAUGUUCUUAUAUUAGAAUAAUCCCUUGGUUGCUCUAUUCCACUUCCUGCAGCCUGCAAUGCCAGGAUUUCCACUUGCUGAUGCCUCAGUGGAAGACAGAGCAUCCAAGCAGAAGGCAAAACUUAGGCUCCCAGGCAGUAGGUUGAUGGUAGGGCCAAAGGGCUUGGGAUUCUCAGCUGAUUCCUGUGAGAGCAAUCCUUGACAAAGGAUUGACUGAAUAUUCAUAACCAUGCAUCUAGAUCAGUACAAUCACAAUUGCAUUAGUCUGCCCUCUUCUCAGUCCAAUGAAAGUGAGUGAUUUUGUUGUGGUUUGGGGUUUUUUCCCCUGUUGUGAUUUAUUUUUCUUUCUUUCCUAAUGCUACAUAAAUUGCUUUAAAAUAAUCCUUCAGAAAUCAUUUAAGACAGUAAGCCUGUCACAUUAUACUACUGGCUAAAUAGCAACCCAACUGUGUAUCCCUCUUUUGCUUUUGUCUGCAAGGAAUUCCCCCCAAGUGGGAAGGCAAACCAAAAGCUACUGCACACCAUUCUCUGGUGAAUUAGGUAGGUUAAACAUAUGAAUAAGCAAAACUUGUUUAAAAACAGCAGGAAAAAGAAGAGAGGAAAAGCUAAGGACUGCUAGGGGGGAAAAAAAGCUUUAACUCUUUGUCAUUUUAUUACUCUUAGAUUUUUUUAAAUUCAUUCAUUUAAUAGAAGUCACCCUAUGACUUAUUAUUUUACAAAUCUGUUACCUCUGACAUCAAGUGUAAUUAACUUUUGGAGAGUGAGUCUGUCCAUUAUUUUAUUAAUGAUAAUUAACAUCAAACACAGCUUCUCAUGCUAUUUCUACCUCACUUUGGUUUUGGGGUGUUCCUGAUACUUGCGCACCCCUGAUUUCACAGCUUCACCACUUGUCUAUUGUAUGAGCAUCUUUCUCCAUUUUCUCGAAUUUCAAAAAAAAAAACAAAAAAAAAAAACAAAAAAAACCCCAAAGCUCUAAAGUAACACACAUGCAGAUUUGGCUUUAGUCUAGCAUUUCUUCUUCUUGUGACGCUGGACUUUUUCUCAAGGCAGUGAUUUUUUAACCAAGAUUUGAAACAAGGGGUUAUGUUCUAUCCUACUAAGAAGUUUGAGUUUCAUUCUGGAAAUCAGAGGUAAAUAGAAUGCAUAAUCUUGUUUUAAUCUUCUUGUUUUUGUUUUAUCUUUAAGACACUAGCUCUGGGGUGAGUCUGUCAAAAUAUUUGAAUUAAAAAUUGAGAGCUUUAUUGCUGCAUUUUAAGCAUAAUUUGGACAUUCUGUCGUGUUCUUUAUAACCACCGAGUGUUAAACUGUAAUUCAUAAUCAAUGUAACUGAAGCAUAAACAUCACAAGGCAUGUUAUGUCAUUGUUUUCAGGUACCAAGUUCUUACUUGAGUAUCAUAUUGUGUUAACAGCAACACUGUAACAUUUACUAAUUAUUUUUUUAAACUUCAGUUUUAUUGCAUUUUCACAACAUAUCAGACUUCACCAAAUAUAUGCCUUACUAUUGUAUUAUAUUACUGCUUUACUGUGUAUCUCAAUAAAGCACGCAGUUAUGUUACAAAAA